AUGGACACCUCCCUCAAAGGACCCGGCGAAGCCCAAAAACACGACGGCAGCGCCCUCCGCAUCGGAAUCGUCCACGCGCGCUGGAAUACCUCCAUAAUCGAGCCGCUGCUCGCCGGUACCAAAAAGACGCUCUUGGCCAGCGGCGUCAAGGAAGCGAAUAUCGUCGUGCAAUCCGUGCCCGGGAGUUGGGAAUUACCCAUUGCGUGUUCCAAACUCUACUCAGCCUCUCAAAUCCAAUCCACGCAAAGCUCCUCCCUCUCCGCCGGCGACCUCCUCGGCUCUUCCACCACCGAUCUCACCUCCCUCCCCACGCAAUCGCAAACCGCCGCCUCCACCGCCCCCUUCGAUGCCAUCAUCGCCAUCGGCUGCCUCAUCAAAGGCGAAACCAUGCAUUUUGAAUACAUAGCCGAGAGCGUCUCGCAAGGUCUCAUGCGCAUCCAAUUAGACGCAGGUGUUCCGCUUAUCUUUGGACUCUUGACCGUUCUCACGGAGGAUCAAGCGCUCAUGAGAGCCGGUGUGGGUACAACCGAGAAGGGGAAGGGUCAUAAUCACGGAGAGGAUUGGGCUGCCGCCGCUGUGGAAUUGGGGGUUAAGAAGAGGGAGUGGGCUGCCGGAAAAAUUGCAUGAGGGGGAAUGUAAUUGCUAUUCAUAUUUUGGAUUGAGUGAUGAAGGAAAGAAGGAGUAUGGAUUAUUGGACGAUUGGAUGAUUGGAGCAUUUGAGGUGAUGUUUUGCUUCUAGAUUUGAUUCACCAAGGACCGCACAUGUUGACACUGAAAAAACAAUGGUAAAAAAAAGUCGUUGAUUAAUUGGCGGUAUGAGUUCGAUCAUUAAAACAAAAAGAAAGAUCAAAAAAGAAACCCGCCCAGAUCUGAAGA